AUAGGGUUCCUUCCCUUCCGCGCCGCGCCCACCCAAACACGCGAGCGAGCGAGGCAGCGCCGCCGCCGACGGAAUCGCGCAGGCCGAGCGCUCCGAGGAGAGGCAGCGUCAGCCAUGGCCGUGGGGAAGAACAAGCGUAUCUCGAAGGGGAAGAAGGGAUCCAAGAAGAAGACCGUCGAUCCCUUCGCCAAGAAAGAUUGGUACGACAUCAAGGCCCCAUCGGUGUUCAACGUGAGGAACGUCGGGAAGACGCUCGUGUCUAGGACACAGGGCACAAAGAUUGCUUCAGAGGGUCUCAAACAUCGCGUGUUCGAGGUUUCCUUGGCUGAUCUGCAGAACGAUGAGGAUCAGGCGUACCGUAAAAUCAGACUUCGUGCUGAGGAUGUUCAAGGCAAGAACGUUCUUACAAACUUCUGGGGGAUGGAUUUUACAACUGACAAGCUCAGGUCAUUGGUGAAGAAGUGGCAGACGCUCAUUGAGGCUCAUGUGGACGUUAAGACCACCGAUAACUACAUGCUUCGGCUGUUCUGUAUUGGCUUCACCAAGAGGAGGCCAAACCAAGUGAAACGUACCUGCUAUGCUCAAGCAAGCCAGAUUAGACAGAUCCGACGCAAGAUGGUGGAGAUAAUGGCGAACCAGGCAUCGUCCUGUGACUUGAAGGAGCUCGUGUCAAAGUUCAUUCCUGAGGUGAUUGGGAAGGAAAUCGAGAAGUCCACAUCAAGCAUCUUUCCGCUUCAGAAUGUCUUCGUGCGCAAGGUCAAGAUCCUCAAGGCCCCAAAAUUUGACCUGGGGAAGCUUAUGGAGGUGCACGGGGAUUAUACCAAGGAAGAUGUUGGUAUGAAGCUCGAGAGGCCUGCAGAAGAUGAAGCUGUGGCAGGACAGGAGGUCUCUGCGGAGUAGCUUAUCCCUUGUUUUGCAGAAACUUUUUGAUCUGUUCGAAGCAAAAACUUUUCUAGAUGGCUGGCCAAGACUUAAUGAUAAGACCUGUUUUGCUUUGCUAGAUUGCUGGCCAAUACUUAAUGAUAAGACCUGGUAAUCGCGAUCCACAGAUUGCUUUAGAAUGAUUAGGAAGUCUUUGUUUUUUGAUA